GAGGAGAUGGGGCCGGCGCUGACCCCCAGCCCCGACUUGCUUCUGCCCCGCAGCAUUGCCGACAAGGAUCUUAGUCUACCCAACGGCACACCUGUGGACACUUCUAGCCCAGCCUCCUCCUCAUCUCUUCUCAACAGACUGCAACUGGAUGAUGACUUGGACGGGGAAACUAGAGACCUGUUUGUUACUGUUGAUGAUCCCAAAAAACACGUGUGCACAAUGGAGACAUAUAUCACAUACAGGGUUACAACAAAGACCACACGAGCAGAGUUUGAUUUGCCAGAGUAUUCUGUUCGCCGGCGGUACCAAGACUUCGACUGGUUGAGAAACAAGCUGGAAGAGUCUCAGCCAACGCAUCUCAUUCCCCCUCUUCCUGAGAAAUUUGUGGUGAAGGGUGUUGUCGAUCGCUUUUCAGAAGAGUUCGUGGAGACAAGGAGGAAAGCAUUAGACAAAUUCUUGAAGAGAAUAACUGACCACCCGGUGCUUUCUUUUAAUGAGCACUUCAAUGUGUUUCUCACAGCCAAGGAUCUUAAUGCCUACAAAAAGCAAGGAAUGGCAUUACUGUCAAAGGUGGGGGAAUCUGUCAAAUAUGUCACAGGAGGCUACAAAUUAAGAAGUCGGCCUUUGGAGUUUGCAGCCAUUGGGGAGUAUCUAGACACAUUCUCUCUAAAGCUUGGUACCAUUGACAGAAUAGCACAACGAAUUAUCAAGGAGCAGUUGGAAUACUUGGUGGAACUUCGAGAAUAUGGACCUGUUUAUUCAACCUGGGGAGGGAUGGAGGUUGAGCUAUCGGAGCCACUGGAAGGGGUGUCUGCCUGUAUUGGAAACUGCUGCACAGCUCUUGAAGAACUCAGUGAAGACAUGACAGAAGACUUCCUGCCUGUGCUUAGGGAAUAUAUGUUGUACUCAGAGUCAAUGAAGAAUGUGUUGAAGAAGAGAGACCAAGUACAAGCGGAGUAUGAAGCAAAACUGGAAGCAGUAGCCUUGAAAAAGGAAGACCGUCCAAAGAAACUAAAGGAUGACUUUCCAGUGUUGGUGCUACUGUACAAUGAUCUUACAGGAGGUGCACAUAAUGGCUUUAAGAAGCUAAAGUGGACAAGAGCGUAA